AUGAAUAAGCAGUUUGCUGUAAAGGUGGAGGAGGGAAGAAAAGGUGACCCAUCUGUUGGUCCGAUUUAUCGUUAUCAUACUUCUAAACAAUCCUUCCCACCUCUGGAUUCUCACUUCAAAACCACUUGGGAUGUCUUUAGAUCAUCUGUUGAAAAGUAUCCUAACAACAGGAUCCUUGGAUGGCGCGAGCUCGUGAAUGGAAAGUGGGGACCAUACGUUUGGAAAACUUACAAGGUUGUAUAUGAGGAAGUUUUGCAUGUUGCUUAUGCCAUUCGAGCCUCUGGACUUCAACCUGGUUGUAAAGUGGGAAUUUAUGGAUCAAACUGUCCUCAGUGGAUUGUAGCAAUGGAGGCUUGCAAUGCCCAGAACUGCAUUUGUGUACCUCUCUAUGAUACCCUCGGGGCAGGGGCUGUAAAUUUUAUCUUGGAGCAUGCCGAAGUUGAUAUUGUUUUUGUGCAAGAUAAAAAAGUUAAACAACUACUGGAUCCAGAGUGUACACAUACUCGACACCUUAAGGCUAUUGUUUGCUUCACUUCAAUGACAGCAGAAGAAAAGGAAAUGGCAGAUUCAAUUGGGAUAAAAUCUUUCUCAUGGAAUGACUUUCUUCAAAUGGGCAGUGAACAUCCAUCAGAGCUGCAGACACCACAGCCAUCUGACAUAUGCACAAUUAUGUACACGAGUGGCACAACCGGAAAACCAAAAGGUGUUAUAUUGACUCAUGAAAACGUUAUAACGAUGAUAUGUGGCAUUGAUCUUAUGAUGGAACAAUUCGAAGAGAAGAUGACGGUGGAUGAUGUUUACUUAUCCUUCUUACCUCUCGCCCACGUCUUUGACCGUGUAAUUGAAGAAUAUUUUAUUCGUAAAGGUGCUUCUGUUGGGUUCUACCAUGGGGAUAUAAAUGCUUUAAAGGAUGAUAUGAUGGAGCUGAAACCAACUUUCUUGGCUGGAGUACCUCGUGUUUUGGAACGAAUUCAUGAAGGCGUGUUGAAAGGACUAGAAGAACUUAAUCCAAGGAGGAGGAAAAUAUUUGACAUACUAUACAACUACAAACUUAAAUGGAUGAAGUUAGGUUAUAAGCAAAAAUAUGCAUCACCUUUGGCAGAUAUGCUGGCUUUCAGAAAGGUAAAGAACAAUCUGGGUGGUCGGAUUCGUUGUAUAGUAUCUGCAGGAGCUCCAUUAAACCCUGAGGUGGAAGAGUUCUUGCGGGUUACAUCCUGUGCGCUUGUGCUACAAGGAUAUGGACUGACAGAGACUUGUGGUCUAGCCACUGCUGCAAUUCCAGAUGAAUUGAGCAUGGUUGGGACUGUCGGUCCUCCCUUUUUAUUUAAAGAAUUACGUCUAGAGGAACUUCCGGAAAUGAGUUAUGACCCUUUGGCAGAUCCUCCACGUGGUGAAAUAUGUAUUAGGGGAAAAAGUCCUUUUGCCGGGUACUACAAGAAUCCAGAGUUGACAGAUGAGGUGAUGAAAGAUGGAUGGUUUCACACAGGUGACAUAGGGGAGAUGUUACCAAAUGGAGCGUUGAAAAUUAUUGACAGGAAGAAGCAUCUAAUAAAGCUGUCACAAGGAGAGUAUGUUGCACUGGAGCAUUUGGAGAAACUCUAUGCUAUCACUCCCAUUGUUGAAGAAAUUUGGGUAUAUGGGAACAGUUUCAAGUCUUCAUUGGUGGCGGUAGUUGUCCCAAACCAAGAACACGCAUUAAAAUGGGCUGAUCGCAAUGGUCAUAAAACUACCUUCUCUGACUUGUGUACGCUAUCUCAGCUACAGGAUUACAUCAUCAGUGAACUCAAAUCAACUGCAGAAAGAUUCAAGCUAAAUGGUUUUGAACAUAUCAAGGGUGUGAUUGUGGAACCCGAAACCUUUGAAGGAGAAAGGGGUUUUCUGACACCAACACUUAAGAAGAAAAGAGAUAGAAUGCAAGAUCAUUACAAGAUCCAAAUCGACAAUGUUUACAGAGGCUUGAACAAAUAAUAUAAAAUAUAUUGUUUUGAAUUGUAUGUAACAAG